AAACUUUGACAAAGUAACAUAAUUCGCCAAUCAAGAACCUGGGGGGUGAAAAUGCAUAAUUAAUAAUUUAGGUUGACCGGAAAUAAGGAUACCCCAAAACAAAGACACCCACUAAUUCAGCUGGAGCACUGGCCCAGAAGAUACGGGUCCAGUCUAAGCUUUGGGCUUCUGGAUAAUCACGGGGUGGCCCAACUCUUGGCCCAUUGUUAGGGAAUGAAGACUGAAGUGAAGUCUCAAGACUCGAGUCGCUUCUCGUCUGCCCCGACGCAUGCAUGAUGCGCCAAUAAAAUCCCCUAAUCCGACUCUUCUGGAUCUUUGAAUAAUUUUCCAUUUUCCGAGUUGCAGCACUUGCCUCGGUCAUUUCUUCCCAUCGUCUUCAGUCAUUCGUUCAUUUUCGUCGCCUUUCUCCUCCACACCUCCCUCCAUGGUCGUCUUCCUCAACAAAAAAUCAAACCCUAUUUCAUCCCCCCCGAGUCCAUAAUCUCAUGGCAUUGUCUAAAUCCCGGAACAACAGGAGGUCUUCAUUGUUGUCUUAUGCACCAACCUUAAUCGUCCUAGUCGUGAUUGCAAUUUGUGUUCUCGCUGUAUGGAGGAUAAACCUCAAUCCCGCAGAUCAACCUCAGAAGCGUACCACUGUCAUUCGUAAGGCCAUUGAUGCCUCUGAAACCCAGAAUGACAUCUCUUCCUUCAUGGACUCGGCCGAAAUCACCUCCGGAAGUCAUGACCAGAAAAUCAAUCGUGGCUAUGAAGACAAUCCUGAUCAUCUCUCAAAUGGCGCCGUCAAGUUUGAUGACGGUAUCCUCAAUUCUGACGUCAACAAAGAUCCACAUGACGACCAGAGUUUUACUAGUGAGGCUCAACUAUUAGAGGGAGAUACACUGACUCAAAACGAAGGGGCAUCCGAGACAAAUGAAGCGGAUGCCGACAAUGAUCGCCAGCGCGCUGAUGCGAAAAUGUCUGGGUUUGAAGAAGUUCAGGGGAGUAGUAUUGCCGGUGAAGCUUCUGAUGGAAACCAAAAUGAUGCAGAAGCGAAUGCUGGAGUGCAAGAUGAAAACUCGGAUAUGAAGGAAAACAAAGACACUGAAUAUCAGAAUGUUAAUACCGAGGAAAAUCAAGAAGUAAAUGCAGAGCAACAACCAGAUGUUAGGAAUUUUGAUAAUCGAUAUGAAAACUCCGAUACAAAGCAAAACAAAAAUGCAGAAGAUCAAAAUGAAAAUGCCAAUGAAAACCAGGAACAAAAUUCAGGACAGCGACAAGGUUUAAAUCAUUUUAAUAAUCAAGAAUCUAAAAAUGAUGAAGAUGAACAGAAUGAGAAACAACUGAGAGAAGACAAAGGGGAGAUUGCAGAGGAAGAUGAAAAGCAACAAGAUCAGAAACAAGACAACAGCUCUAACGUUUCCCUAGACUCCGACAUCCACAGCACGUCUACAGAUUCACAGCUAGAAUCCCAUGCAGCACUUGAGGACGAAAGCUCUCAACUGACCAAGACAGAAUUCGAACAGGAGACACAGAAACCAAAAUUAGGAAAACAGAAGCGGACGAGUGGAAACAAAAAUGCAAAACAAUCAAAGGAGAUCAAAUCUUUGUCUGAGGGGUACAAUAAGUCAUGGUCAACCCAAGCAGAUCAAUCGCAGAACGAAAAAGAGAGACGGAAGGACGAAUCAAAAGGUACAGAGUCAGAAAGUUUACAAGAUUACGAGUGGCAUCUCUGCAAUGUCACGGCAAGUGCAGAUUAUAUUCCUUGUUUAGACAAUGAGAAGGCUUUGAAGCAGUUACGCAGUACUAUACACUAUGAACACAGAGAAAGACAUUGCCCAGAGGAUGCACCAACUUGCUUGGUGCCACUUCCGAAAGGUUACAAGACGCCUAUUGAAUGGCCUAGUAGCAGAGACAAGAUAUGGUACUACAACGUACCCCACACACUACUGGCAGAGGUAAAAGGGCACCAGAAUUGGGUGAAGGUGACAGGUGAGUUUCUGACAUUCCCUGGAGGUGGCACUCAAUUCAUUCAUGGCGCUCUCCACUACAUUGAUUUUAUUCAAGAGGCUGAAGCUAGUGUAGCAUGGGGCAAGCAGACUCGUGUGGUUUUGGAUGUUGGAUGUGAGGUCGGCAGUUUUGGAGGUUAUUUAUUCGAGAGAGAUGUACUUGCAAUGUCUUUUGCACCAAAAGAUGAACACGUAGCCCAAGUGCAAUUUGCUAUUGAGAGAGGAAUACCUGCCAUAUCUGCAGUAAUGGGUUCUCAAAGGCUGCCAUUCCCUAGCAUGGUCUUUGAUCUUGUACAUUGUGCGCGUUGUAGAGUGCCUUGGCAUGCAGAUGGUGGCUUGUUGCUUUUGGAAUUGAACCGUCUUCUUAGACCCGGCGGUUAUUUUGUCUGGUCUGCUACUCCAGUGUACCAAAAGCUCCAAGAAGACGUCCAGAUAUGGAAUGAAAUGUCCUCACUAACCAAGUCAAUGUGUUGGGAACUCGUGACCAUCAGCAAGGAUAAACUUAACAGCAUUGGUGCGGCCAUUUACCGCAAACCCACUUCCAAUGAAUGCUAUGAGCAAAGGCAGCAAAACAUUCCUCCAAUAUGCAGUGAUAAUGACGAUCCAAAUGCAUCUUGGUACGUACCUCUGCAGGCUUGUUUGCACAAGGUGCCGGCUACCAAGGAUGAAAGAGGGGCUAGAUGGCCUGAGGCUUGGCCUAAUCGGCUGCGCAAAGUCCCCUAUUGGUUAAACGAUUUGCAAAUGGGAAUCUAUGGGAAGCUACCCUCUCAAGAUUUCGUAGCAGACACUGAACGUUGGAAAAACGUUGUAGAUGAGUUGAGCAACAUCGGCAUUACUUGGUCUAAUGUGAGAAAUAUCAUGGACAUGCGAGCUGUCUAUGGAGGAUUUGCAGCAGCUUUGAGGGAUCUUCCAGUUUGGGUACUGAAUGUGGUGAACAUAGAUUCUCCGGACACACUUCCUAUCAUAUAUGAGCGGGGUCUUUUUGGAAUGUAUCAUGAUUGGUGUGAAUCUUUUAGCACCUAUCCACGAACGUAUGACCUAUUACAUGCAGAUGGACUUUUCUCAAAGUUGAAGAACAGAUGCAAUCUUGUUCCUGUAAUGGCAGAGGUUGAUAGAAUAGCAAGACCAGGAGGUAAAUUGGUCAUCCGCGAUGACUCUGACACAUUUGGGGAAGUGGAAAGUUUAUUGAGAUCUCUACAUUGGGAAAUAACCUCCUCUAAAAGCCAAGAGGGUUUGCUCUGCGCCAAGAAAGGCAUGUGGCGACCGAAAUCUGUGUCAUGA